UUUUCAACGUAAAACUUAACAAACAAUAUCCGUUAUGGUGAAACUGGGAUAGAAGAAGAAGAAGAAGAAGAAGAAUAUGGCGGCUUCACUCUCCUCUCUCCACCAUCUCUCUUCUUCACUUCUCUCCAUAUCCUCCGCCGCCUCUCUCCGUCCCAUACGACACAUUCUCCCUCGCCUUUCAUGCUCUCUCUCUUCUUCUUCUUCUUCUCGCGAGUUCAACAUCUCCUUUGCUCCCCCCAAGCCCAAGCCCAAACCCCAACUCGCAGACUCCGACCCUGCUCUCUCCGGCGUCGAUGGUCAGCUCUUCAUUCCCUGGAUUGUUCGCGGCGAAGAUGGCAAUCUCAAGUUACAGUCGCACCCUCCCACGCAUCUCCUCCAGGCCAUGGCCCAUGCCGAGACCAAGAGCAACGCCACCACCGCCGCCGCAAAGAAGAAGAAGAGCGAGACUGUUUCCAGGACGACUGAGCCAAAGCAUUCCAAGGCUGCGCGCAGGUUCUAUAACGAGAAUUUCAAGGACUCUGAACAGAGGCUCAGUAAGGUUCUCGCUGCCGCUGGAGUGGCGUCAAGACGGACCAGUGAAGAACUCAUUUUUGAAGGCAAGGUGACUGUCAAUGGUUCUGUUUGCAAGACUCCUCAGACUCGAGUUGACCCUGGAAAAGAUAUUAUCUACGUCAAUGGAAGUCGGCUUCCCAAGAGACUGCCUCCGAAGGUCUAUUUUGCCCUUAACAAGCCAAAAGGGUAUAUUUGCUCUUCUGGGGAGAAAAAGUCUGUUCUAGGUAUAUUUGAGGAUUAUUUAAAGAGCUGGGACAAAAGAUAUCCUGGGCAAACCAAGCCGCGCUUAUUUACUAUUGGUCGGCUUGAUGUUGCUACAACUGGAUUGAUUAUAGUGACCAAUGAUGGGGAUUUUGCUCAGAAACUUUCUCAUCCGUCAUCCAACAUGUCAAAGGAGUAUAUUGCAACAAUUGAAGGCAAAGUUGGCAAGAAGCACUUGAUAGCUAUCAGUGAGGGAACAAUCAUUGAAGGUGUCCGUUGUGUCCCAGAUUCAGUUGAGCUACUACCUGAUCAGCCAGAUAGGCCAAGAUCUCGUCUACGUGUAGUGGUUCAUGAUGGAAGGAACCAUGAAGUCCGAGAACUGGUGAAAAAUGCUGGGCUUGAGAUUCAUGCAUUAAAGCGUGUACGCAUUGGUGGUUACCGGCUUCCAGCAGAUCUUGGGCUCGGGAAGCAUAUCGAACUAAAACAAGGUGAUCUACUGGCUCUUGGUUGGAAGAGUUAGAUGAGUUACUGGGCUACCGUUGUUCAGUUUCCUUAAUGUUCCGAUAGUGCCACUUGAGACAUGAAGACUUCAAAGUGCUACCCGGAAAGUGACCGUUACCUUUGAGUGGGAAUUGAUGAGUUAGAUCUUACACCCUCUUGUGGGACAAUAUAUGGAUAUCUGAUGUGGGUUCUAGUCUUGUCUAUAAUAAGGGUAGCUGCUAAAGCUGGUAACAGAGCAAGAGAGGUUCGUCACGGUUGCAGAGUCGGACAUAAAACCUGCCUGUGAAAAUAGCUUGGUUGUAAGGACAAUUGUGUCUCAGCUCUCUACCAUUUUUUGGAUGUUGCUAAAGAUUGACUGUAACCUCUCACCAAAUGAGGCUGUUGCGGAAAGUUCAUAUGUCAUAUGUUAGAUAAGAAGUAAAUUUUUUACCUUAAAUUCAUUAGUUCAAUACCAUAUUAAUAGAAGAAAACACUUUUUUGUCA